AUGCGUAGAGCUCUUGAUGAACAAGGUAACCGGCUCUUUAAACCUGAGGAGUGUCUGAAGGCUCAACAGAUAAGAUCAUUUUUUGCACAAACUGCAGCAGCUAAGAAGAAAAUGGUACCGUUCACAUCCAAGUUGUUAGAUGGCAAAAAUAUGAACGAGUUUCUCCAAGAAAAUGAAACCACUGAACAGGAAGAAUUUCUGCAAAGUUUGAAGUCACAAGCGAUAUCUUCUGUGUGUUACAAUCACUCACUCAUAUUUGAUAGAUACAACAUUUGCGAACUUUUGAAGAAUAAAGAGAAAUUUAAGCGAAAGUUUAGUAUUGCUAUGCUUCUUCGAAUUUGUGAACAUUUCGAAAUAAAUGUAGAUGGAAUCAUUCGAGGAAGAAAAGAAAGUUACGUUAAACUUCUUAUGGAGUUUGCCGCAGGAUGCGAGUGUGCAAUGGAGCAGUAAAUUAGGUAUAUAUGUGAGAAAAAACACUCUAGGCACUAUUGUAUUCGAAUCAAAACACGAAAUAUUUGGAGAAGCAUGUAAGAUCAGAUACGUUCCAUAAUGGACAAUAUUGGGAGUACUAGAGACACUUAAGAUUUUGCACCACGAAUUUGAAACAGAUAAUUUACUAUUAAAUACUCACUAUGUGUGAAUGAUGUGUGAAAGGUAUAAUGGAAAAAAUAAUUUCUUGACCUUUGUUUUUAAUUCCGUACAUUGUAGUGGAAAUUUCAACCCGGUCAACAGGGCUGAAUUCAACCCCGGGGUUGAAAAUGCUCUAUGUAAUCAGCCCCUGAUAAGAAUAACGUUUGUGUUAUUUGAGAUGGAAUAACAAUCAGUUACUGUUGUUGAUGGAUGCUUCAUUAUUUAGCAUUAUUAAUUUCGCAUUUUCCCAUUGAUUUUUAACCUGCAUUUUUUGGGCAAUAGGCCGUGGUUAAUGACUUUUCAAUAGCUAAAUAAUAAAAUAUAUUUUCUAAAGUAGCUUAAUUUGGCAACUAAACUUUAUUAAAUCAUUAUUCGUUUGAGCACACCCCCCCUCCCCCCCCAAAUAAUCGCUGCUUUAUGAUCGCAUAUUUAGUACAGAGGGCCAGCCUGAAUAAAAGCCACACUAAUUUACUACAACCUUAAUCAAAAAACGUUUGCCAACCAGUUUGAGAAGCCAAAAUAUAAACAACUACAGUACAUUUCAUUCUUUAGUGACUUUGGUAUACUUUAUAAACCAAGAAAAAUGAUUUCUAAUGUGUUUUUUAUAAAAAAAAAACAUAUAUCAUCUUUGCAAUUAAAAUCAUUUGUGUUUCUUUUUCCACCCUCAGAGACUUGGUAGGUAUGAUCAUAAUAUAAACAAGACAUAUCACAUAAUUAUAUAGUGUAUAAAUAUUGUUUGACUAUGAUACCAAAUAGCUUUUUCUUUCAUAUAUAGUCCAUGAAAGUUUUGGAGCUGAGAAACAUGCACAUUCUGCUGUCAGUGACAAUUGCUGUAGCUCAGAGAAUAUCCUCCAGGUAUUCUUAAGAUCAUUGUCUGAGGGUAUUUAUGGGGUUAACUGUAAACCCUUUAAGUGGUAAUGCACCCUGAUGCGCCCUACUUUAGUAUUUUACUCUGUCUAAUAUGCCAGACGAUUUUACUCAUCAAGUGCAGAGUGCUGUCACUCAAUGGGUUAACCAAGCCCAUGCAUCCUCUUAACCCUUUAAGUGGCAAUGCACCCUGAUGCAUUUUACUCUGUCUUACGCCAGAUGAUUUUACUCAUCACAUGGAGAGUGUUGCCACUCAAUGGGUUUGGGUUAAGCGUGAUUUUGCCAAAAUUCUUAUCUGCAUGUUACUGUGAUUGCAUCCAAAAAUAAUUACUGUUAACUGUGAUAUUUACGUAAGGAACUUAACUGUGAAUUCGAUGCUAUUAUCUGUGAGUCAGUUCAGAGUCUGUGAAUAUCUGUGGGCAAGAUAUGGUGCAAAAACUGUAAAAAAGAAAAUUUCUGCCAUAUAAUCAUCAAAUGUUUUAUUUUAAAUAUCGAGUAUGAAUGAAAUAGAAAUUUGGAGGAUUCCCAUUGACUGCUGAGUCUUAAUCCAUUGCAAAUCAGUGCAAAUUAUUGCUGACAUUUACUCGCUAGUUUGAAAUAAAAAUAUAGUAAAAUGUCAAUUGUUAUUGGUAAUGCAAAACAGUCAGAAUUAGCCCCCACACAUGCACGUGCCAUGUUUAACUUGCGUUUAGUUUGCUGCAGUGUGGAGAUUUUGAUCAAUUAGCAUUAUAUUCAAUUACCAUCACCAUUCAAUUACCAUUAAAUACUGUUUCUAUCAUUUUAAAAGGAAGACAAUCAGGUAUCUGAUCAAACUGAAUUGGCAGACGAUGCAGAUGAUCACACAAACUCUGAUGACAAAGUCUGGAAUGAUGUUCCUGAAGAUUUGUUUCAGAAAGAUAUAUUGUCAGCCCAAGCGCUUCCCAACGCUACACCGAAGAAGGGAAAGCUUCAGGUUGUGAAUUCCCUUGUUCAAUGGCUACUUUAUUUUCUCCUGAUUUGGCAAAGUAUAUGUCAUAUAAGCGACAAUGGAUUAGCUUGGUUACUGCAAUUUCUUCUUCAAUUUUUGAAAGUGAUCAAUGUGCAUGCUCCAACUGAUAUGUUAAAUGAGUUAAUCAUUAUAUUUACAACAUCAUUAUAUAUGGUAUGACAAUUACUUGCAGUGGAUCGAGACGAUUUCACUAAAUAUGUGGUUUGCCCUAAGUGCACCAAAUUCUACGAGUACACUGAAUGUGUUUACAUCAUUAAUGGCCGGCAUGUUAUUAAAUGGUGCACCAAUACGUUCUACAAAAAUAAAAAGGUCUGUGUGUGUGAUGCGCAGCGAGUUAAGAAGGUAACAUUGAAAAACAACACUGAAAAGUACUAUCCCAUAUUUUAUUACUGCUACAAUAGCAUCAUUAAUUCUAUUGAAAAACUUGUACAGAAAGGAGGAUUUGCUGAAAAAUGUGAGAAAUGGCGUAAUCAGACAUAGCCUGCGGUGCAGAUGCAAUUUCCCGCAACAUACCUCCCGCAGGUAAAUUAAGCAUCUGCGAACCCGAGCGCAGAUUUGAUUUCCAUGACAUAAUGCCAUUGUCUCAAUUCAACCAAUUAAAUGUUACAUUAUAUCAUAGACAUAUGCAGCUGAAAUUCUCCACGUGUGGCUGUUGGCUUCGCGUGACGAACGAAGGAGUGAUUUAUUACAGUAGCUACAUUCAAAGCGUUUUGUAUUGCAUUGUAUAUUAAAAUAUAUAAUUAAGUAUGAAUGAAACUCCCAAAAAGUUAUCGCACUGCGAAGAAUGUUGUUUUCUCUGGAAAAAUGUGUUAGCUAAUGAGCACGAUAAGAUCAGGGUGUUUGGGAAAAGCACCAUUGGUAUUCCAACUUUGAUUUUGCGUGCAACAAAAGUUGAUCUGUCCCUUUAUGUGUGAUGCAAAAAAAUAGCGAUCUGUCGCAUGAGUUACUAUAAGUGACUAACACGAUACAAAAACGCACUAUGAAAAGUGGACGAGAUUGAACAUGAAAUUGCACUGGAAUUUAAUAUGUUAGUUCCAGUUUCGGUUAAAAGAAUGGCGAAAGAAGUCGCAGAAAGUACAUUGCCAAAAAGCAAAAGGAGUUUAGCUUUUGAAGAUUUGCACAUUGAAUUAAAUGCAACUGCAAGUAUCAGGGAAGUUCCUGUACCCACUGACAUUACAUAGUUUUAAGGCCAGACCCAACUGUACUGUUAACAUCUACGCCUAUAAAUAACGCUAAAACUCCGCACAGUUUACCUGAUUUUGAACAGACUGAAACUGUAUCUGUGCCUGUGGAAAAGAAAACCAAAGUGUCUCUUACUGUGCAAUAUCCAAGUAAGACUAUCCGAAAGGAAUUGAUUGAUGAUUUUGCGAUUCUUGGCAAAGCAAUCGCUCAUGGUUCUCAAAGAAUUGCAAGGGCUGCAUUAAAGAACAGUACGGUAAAAAAAUACAUUCUUGAAAAAGUUUUAAAGCUUUUGACUUUGCAAGUAAGUGGACUGUGUUCAAGACGAAAGCCUUCCCUUCUGAGAUCUAAAACAAAGAAUGAAUUAUCUAGUUUUGAGUUCAAGAAUUUAUGUCUCGAGUGGAAGGAGAGCGCGCCUCUUUUGUAUGAUUUUUUAAUGACGAUUGCUUUUGUAAAGAUGAAAAUAAUUUACAAUGGUUUCCUAGUAUAGCAGUUGCUGGAUCAAUCCUCCUCAAGCAACGCAAUUCCCACAUGAAUGGAUGCGCAACAAUUAUUGGGAUUCUCAUUAAGUCCACAUCCAUCGAGGUAAUUAAAGUUUCUGUAUUGUAUAUCAUAUUUACUGUAGUGAAAUGGCUGGCAUGAAUUGAUGAAUAGAAACGUUUGUUUAUGCUUUAUUUCAUUCCAUACUGUACAGGUAGAGUAAAUUAUUUCUAUACGCGUUUGAUUUAAUUUUUAUUGUUAUCAGUUUUCAAUUUAUUUAAUUUGCAACAACAUGACUCAUGUGGUUAAUGUUAUAAAUUGAACCUUUUUGUAUGUGCUUCGUCAGCUGAUUAGUAAAUCGUACAUUUGACAUAAUGGAAUAUUUACAUGUAAUAAAUAUUAUGUAAAUUUAUACAUGUCCUCUAAUAUUACAGUAAGUUCGAAAACUAUUUUGUCUAAACCUUUUAUUUCCAUUAUGGUUAUAAAAUUAUAUUGGCAUUUGGCGCCAAUUGUUCUGAAAUCAACAUCUGAAUACUAUCGGCUACGGUUUGUCAAUAAUGCCAUUUGCGUAUAGAAAGUUUAUAUGUUUUUGUUUAUAACUUAUGAACACGUAUCAUGGGAGGUUUAACGGAGUGUCGUUGUGGGAAAUUUGGCAGUUUAUGAACUCACAUCGCAUUAUUUUUUAUACCAUAUAGUCAACUUUGAAUCACUUGGCCAAAUUGAAAGUUACAUGUUGUGCUGCCAAACUGCGUGGAAAACUAUAUUUACUUGGGGAGAAUGACGCGAAAGUGGUCCUAGAUAUGAAGACGAAAAUACUGCUUGAGCAACAAGUUAUUGUAGAAAAGGAAGCCACUGUUGCAAUACUUUCUGGAAGAUGCAGGGAAGGAAAAAAUAACGAUGGAUCAGAACAUAUUUGUAAUAUUAUGUGCAACAAAGAGAAAAAGAAUGCAAUGAGCGAUCUGAAGAAAGAAAGAUUAAAUCUGCAUGCUGGUUUUGCUAUCCUUUUCGACAAUAUUGAUGGAAAUCUAAAUAGAUGGCAUAUGACAAUGGAGAAUCAGAAUUUGGACUUUCAAUGGGUUAAUCAUAAGAUUGUUAUUAACAGAGUAUCAGGUAACAAACUACAUAUGUCGCCAAGAAAUGUCCUGAACAUAUCGAAUAUCAAACUUCUUCCUCCUGUUCAAGAUCAGCGACAGAACUACAUCGUCAGCGACAGAACUACAUUGUCUUCGUGGCAAGAAUGCUUGUAG